CAUAGCCUCCCCUUGGCUCUGCCCCUCACAGUCUGCAGUCUACGGCGAGGCACAGGCCAGUCCCGCUCCACAAGGACUGAACGAGGGCCCCUGUCUGGUGGGUGUGAGAGCACAGGCAGGCCUCUUGCCUGACGUGGGACCCCUCGGUCUGGCAUUUGUCAGUGAGGCAGGCUGGGGCAGGCCCUAGAGCUUGGCAGGAGGUGUAAACUGGCCUUGGCAGGUGCGGUUCCACUGCCACCAUGCCGGAAGUCGAGAGAAAACCCAAGAUCACUGCCUCCCGCAAACUCUUGCUGAAGAGCCUGAUGCUGGCCAAGGCCAAGGAAUGCUGGGAGCAGGAGCACGAGGAGCGUGAGGCUGAGAAGGUGCGCUACCUGGCAGAGCGCAUCCCCACGCUGCAGACCCGCGGCCUGUCCCUCAGUGCCCUGCAGGACUUGUGCCGGGAGCUGCACGCCAAGGUGGAGGUGGUGGAUGAGGAGCGAUACGACAUCGAGGCAAAAUGCCUCCACAACACCAGGGAGAUUAAGGACCUGAAGCUGAAGGUGCUGGACCUCCGCGGGAAGUUCAAGCGCCCGCCUCUGCGUCGGGUCCGCGUCUCGGCUGACGCCAUGCUCCGGGCCCUGCUGGGCUCCAAGCACAAGGUGUCCAUGGAUCUGCGGGCCAACCUCAAGUCUGUGAAGAAGGAAGACACAGAGAAGGAGCGGCCUGUGGAGGUGGGUGACUGGAGGAAGAAUGUGGAGGCCAUGUCUGGGAUGGAAGGCCGGAAGAAGAUGUUUGAUGCCGCCAAGUCUCCAACCUCACAAUAGAGGCCAGCUUGCUGUGCUCCGCUCUGGGCUCCUGCUUCAUGCUUCUUCUCCAACCCAGCUCACUCACCUCUCUGCCCAUGUCUGGAGCAUCCCUCCCCACCCCCACUUCUUCCCCCCAGCCUGCAUGCCCUCCUCUGGAACUGGGAAUACACAGAUACCCAAGAGACAGGACAAACGCGAGUGUCUGAAGACCUCACCCUGGCAGAGUGGGCUUCCAUCCACCCAUGAGGCACCUGGGGCUUCCUGGCCACCCCGUGGUGUCACAAGUGGAGGAAGAGGAGGGAGCGAGAGCAGCUUUCCUCCAGCCCAGUGCCAUACCCCUUCUGUGAUGUGUACAGUGUCCGCAGCCAUCUCAGCAUCAUUAAAAACCCAGUUUCCUGGUCAU